AUGAUUGAGGAGAUGUCUGCCUUACACUUUAGUGAUACUUGGGAGCUCAUUUCUCUACCUCCGGAUAAGUCUAAAGUUGGUUGUCGUUGGGUAUAUACAGUGAAGAUUGCUUCAGUCUAUCUCUUUUUAUCUAUGGUUAUUGUUUUCCAUCGGCCUCUCUACCAGUUGGAUAUAAAAAAUUCCUUUCUUCAUAGGGAUCUCGAAGAUGAGUCUCCUCCAAUAUGGUUUGGAAAGUUUGGCAUGGUUAUUCAAGAGUUUGUCAUGGUACAAAGUGAAGUUGAUCAUUAUGUGUUUGAUCGUCACUCUACUCCAGGUAUUGAUAAUGAGGUAAUUACCAAAUUGAAAUAUCACCUUUUUCAGCACUUUCAAACUGAGGAUCUUGGUCGAUUAAGUUAUUGGAAUGCAGUUAUUCGUAUUCUUCGAUACAUAAAAUCUGCUCCAGGGAAAGGACUACUCUAUUAA